AUGGCAGCAGAGGAAGCUUUGCCGCCUUGCUCUCCCAUGUCGCCAGAUGCUCCAGCCGCGCCACCUCGAACAAUUACUAGCUACAACCAACACUCCGAUCUUCAUCAACUUAUUUUUGAAGCCGUCCGUUCCGGAGAAGUAUCAGAAAUUGAACGCCUAGUAGAAAAACUUGGCGUGGAAGUGCUGAGUGCUCGAGAUCAGCAUGGCUACACUCCUGCACACUGGGCUGCACUAGACGGCAGCGUCGCGGUUAUGCGCUAUCUCGUCGAACGAGGAGCACCCAUCGAUCUUUCUUGCUUGGGCACCCAGGGUCCUCGUCCUAUCCACUGGGCCUGUCGCAAGGGCCACGCGUCGGUAGUACAAGUUUUGUUACAGUCUGGAGUUGCGGUCAACGCUGCUGACUUUAAAGGUUUGACCCCACUGAUGACGGCCUGUAUGUACGGCAAGACAGCGACGGCUGCGUAUUUACUCGGCAUGGGAGCGGCGACCAGGCUGUCUGAUAUUAACGGCGACACUGCCCUCCACUGGGCUGCAUACAAGGGUCAUGCUGACUUAGUACGCUUGUUAAUUUAUUCAGGCGUACCUUUACAUUGCACUGAUAAUUUUGGAUCGACACCACUUCAUCUGGCGUGUUUGUCGGGCAAUUUGACUUGCGUAAGAUUAUUAUGUGAAAAGGUCAAAGCAGAACUGGAACCUCGCGACAAAAAUGGAAAAACACCAUUGAUGCUAGCACAGAGCCACCGACACUUAGAAGUUGUAAAACUGUUACAAAAGGAGAUGAAACGCAAGUCACACUGGAUGCCUCCACUUUCUGAAUUGUGGGCGCUGUUAUUUGGAGGCGCUGGAGACUCAAAGGGUCCUCUACUGUUCUUUUUGAUAUCGGUAUUACUUUGGGGAUAUCCUAUGUAUGUAAUAAGAUGCAUACCAUUGACAUGGAACACACUACGUCUGUCGCAUUACUGUUUCCUUUAUUGGAAUGCGAUUAUGUGGCUCAGCUGGGUGAUUGCGAACAGAAGGGACCCGGGAUACAUACCUCAAAACUCUGAGACGUAUUAUAGAGCCAUUCGUCAAAUUCCGUAUUACGACAAAUGGAAAAAAAGAAACGUGAUUUUAUCACGAUUGUGUCAUACUUGCCGAUGUAUGCGUCCUUUGAGGGCUAAACACUGUCGCAUCUGCAAGCGUUGCGUAGCAUAUUUUGACCACCACUGCCCAUUCAUCUACAACUGUGUCGGCGUGCGCAACAGAAUGUGGUUCUUCCUAUUUGUGAUGAGCGUCGCAAUCAACUGCACCCUCUCCAUAUACUUCGCCUGCUACUGCCUGCUGCUCGAAGGCUUCGGCCUGUUAUAUGUACUGGGACUUUUGGAAGCUAUCACUUUUUGCGCUCUUGGUUGGAUCCUUACAUGCACUUCGAUUUUGCACGCAUGCAUGAAUUUAACUACGAAUGAAAUGUUCAACUAUAAAAGAUAUCCUUAUUUGAGGGAUAAACGCGGGCGUUAUCAGAAUCCAUUCUCACGAGGACCUAUUAUGAACUUAAUUGAAUUCUUCGUGUGCUUGCCCGACAAAUGUGAUGAACAAGAUAUUUUUCACGAAGAGAAUAUAUGA